AUUCCCAACCCCAAAAUAUCACAACAAACCAAGCAACCCUCGGUGCAUUGUACGGUUAUGGCUUUUGGUUGUUGCAACAAACACUUGGCUUCCCCAUUGCAACAAGCCAUGUGAGAGUCCCAGCCAGCCGCAGCGCAGUCCGAAUCGACUCGAAGAGAAUACGCCAAGAGCACCUCCAAGUGGCCCGUUUGGCUAGUUGCACAUUUUGGCAUGGGCAUAGGCCAAUGCAUAGGCGUAAUCGAGUCGUCCUCUCUCUCGCUCUGUGUGUGCCACAUUGGAGUAAAUUACAAAUAUCACUAGGCGCUCUGCUUGACUUUGCUUCGCAUUCAAAGGGCUGUCAGAGCAAAAGAUAAAAAAGGAACAAACCCAAAUACCAUACCAUUCUUAUCCAACUGUCGCCAUGAUUGAGCGUGAAAUUAUCCACACCACAACUGCAUCGAAGAGAAUAUUUGAUGUUCUGCAGGAUUUUGUACAGUUUCUGCUGCUUUUUUUGCGCAUCUUCCUGGAAAUGUUUGUCAUGCUCAUCCAGAAAGUAUUACCCAAAAGAAGUCUUAAGGAUAUCAGCGGUGAAGUUGUUCUGAUUACCGGCACUGGCCACGGAAUUGGUCGGGAGCUUGCCCUGCACUACGCCUCAUUGGGCAGCACUGUGGUAUGUGUGGACAUUAAUGAGAAGAACAACCUUCAGACCGUCCAAAAGGCCAAGCGCCUUAAUCUGGGCGAUGUUCACAGCUUCAUUUGCGAUGUCUCGAAGCGUGAGGAGGUACUGGCACUGGCGGAUCGCGUCAAGACAGAUCCCCAUAUCGGACCCAUAUCGGUGCUGGUCAAUAAUGUGGGCAUCAUGCCCACGCACCCCAUUUUACAGCAAUCGGCUGAAGAGAUCCAACGUGUCUUCGAUGUGAAUGUGUUCUCGCAGUUUUGGACAAUACAGGCCUUCCUUUCCCACAUGGAGGAGAAGAAUCGCGGCCACAUUAUCGCUCUGUCCUCGAUUGCUGGUGUGGUGGGACUUUCAAAUCUGGUCCCGUACUGUGCCACCAAAUUCGCAGUGCGCGGUCUGAUGGAGGCACUCCAUGAAGAACUACGCGAAGGACCACAUAAAAAUAUGAUAAAAACCACGACCAUCUUCCCGUACAUGACCAAUACGGGCCUGUGCAAGCAUCCAAAGGUAAAGUUCCCAUCCAUUCUGGGUCUGCUGGAUCCCAAGGAGGUGGCAAGGCGCAUCGUGGAGGCGCAUCGCUCCGACACGCUAGAGGCAACUAUUCCUAGCUGUCUGCUGCACAUCAACAACUGGACGAGGCUUCUUCCCGAUCAUUGUGGUCUGAUGCUGAAGGACUACAUUGACAGUGGUGUGGAGUCGGACUUAAUUUAG